UAUGUUACCCGAGUCUCGAUGAAUAAUGUACAAUCAUUUGUAGAUGAUAUGGAUUCGUUAAGGCGAAAGAGACAAAAGUUUAGUAACAACCCAAGCGCGCUAGUUUUCAAGCAUGUAGCGGAAACCGAGAAGCGCGUUAGGAAUCAGGCUUUUACUUUUAACAUCGUCAAGGCCGAGCCGGCCGAUCAGAUGCCGCCAUUUGGGGUAAAUACAAACGCAGCGUGCGGCUUCACCCUGCAGUCUGUAACGAAGAAGGAAUCCAAUACCUUGCACAAUUCGAGAAUCAAAGUGUCUCCCGGUCGAACACCGUCCCCGAUGGAGUACAGCAACGCUUCUUACAGUCCGCAGCAGCACUCGCCGCAGUAUCAGCCAAAUAUGCAACCGACAGUACAAAAUGAACCGACCGACCGGCUGUCGCCAUUCGGAGGUGCGGCUGUAGCAGGAUCUUACACUCUGCCUCUGUCCGUGAUGAAUCACAAGCAGGGGAAUAUCAUGCCGGGUAAUCUAAGAACUCAAGUAUCCCCGGGACGAACACCGUCCCCCAUGGAAUAUAAUACCGCGUACAGCCCGUCUGACGCGCAAUCGUCGCAGUAUCAACCGAAUAUCUCGCCGAUGAUGCAAAUGCCGACGACAAGCGCCACUCUGUACUCGUACGCGCCGGAACAAGCUCGAUUGCAGCAAACGGAGCCGAACCUAUUUACGUUGGGGAAGGCUCAGGAGAGCAUGAGCCACGCAACGGAGAGUCAGGGUAUGCCGGUACUGCAGCCAAUAGAAUUAAACAAUGCCAGCACCGCAGCAACUCCGGAUGUAACCAGACUGUUGGACAUGGACACCCAGCAGCUUAAUUUCGACUGGCCCCCGCUCGAUUCCAACGACUUGGCGGACUUUGGGCUGUUGUCCGCGAAUCUGUCCAGUGGAUUGUCUCUCACUGACGGUAUACAACCCACGACGAAUAACGCCGAGGAAACCAGCCAGACGAAUAGCAUGACGAAUAGCAUGACGGAAGAAACUAAUCGCAUCAGCUGGAUAAAACAAGAACUCAGCGAAAUGAAUAACAUACUCAAACCCAAUCGGCGAAAUGACGACGGAGGGCUUGUUUAAGUCACACAUUCAUCAAUUUUGACCAUAAGUGGUAUCUAAUUAGGUAUAAAAUUAAGUCAAUGCUGGCAUUGGCUGCAAACGAGCGACGAGGAAUCUUCGUGUCUUCACUGCCACCAAGAAGAGCGCGAUUAAAUCGAUAUCUUAUUAAAAAUAGGUAAAUUUCUGCUAAAAAUUUGCCAGGAACUUUAUGUUGCAGAACAGCUUAACCUAUUCAGGGAUAUUAACGCAUAUGUGUACGUUUAGUUUUAUUUAAAAAUUACCGUUUUUUAUAAUUACAAAAAUUUUUGAAAUUUAAAAAUUAAAUUUAAAAAUUAAAAUUCAUCCCUGAAGAGGUUAAAAUGAAGACUAAUGAUCAUUUAAAAUUGCGGAAACUAAAUGUCGUUCCAAUAAAAGUAAGUAAAAUCUGAGGGCUUUUUACGUAGGAAAUUUUUUUUAACCCAACUGUUAUUUGACAAGAUCAAUAAAUAAAUAUUAAUCUCAUCAGAUAACACACAAAUUAACUUGUCUGAUAAAAGAGUAUUAUUAUUAUUUUAUUCUUUUUACUUUAUUACUUUAUUAUUCAUAAAAUUAUAAAUAUUAAUAUAGCACAGACAAAAAAUACUUAAUACUAUUUUAAUUAUAUUAAUACUGAAACCAUGAAUAUAUAAAUUAGUAAAUUUUCUUUCUCUCUAAAACAGUGUGGUCAAUUUAAGCACCUUAGACCCAGGAAACUUUGAUAUUUUAUUAAUUUUUAUCACAGUUUUAAUUGUUGGCUUUCCUCAAGGACGACAUGGUUCCCGCAAUUUAAAACUGUCAUCAUUUUGAAUUAUAAACCAGGACAAAGCUCAAAUCGCAGGUUGUAGCCUUAAUACAGAAAUUUACCGAAAGUGGACUUUGCACAUACAAAUGACAAGAAGGCGCGUGAAGAUGUAAAUUUACCACGAAACUCAAUCUACGUUUUAUUUUUUACUUGAUCUUAUUUAUACAAAGAAGUGUGUAUAUGUGUGUACAUAUAUAUUUUAACGAGGAUGUGAACAAAAGGACGUAGCUUAGGUGAAUAUUAUUAAUAUACCACUUGUAUACUCAACAACGAAUAUUUUGCUGAAGCAAUAAUGAUAAAUAUGUUGAUAUUUAGUUGGUUGUGAUACAGUUUCUUCUGACAAUUAUUGUAACAUUCCGAGAAUUAUCUGCCCAGGAUAAAUCGUCCUGUCGGUCACUGUGAACGUCAGGGCGCGCGGUGUGUUGUACUUACUCGUUAUCACAAAUUAAGGUGUUACCGAGAUAAUUUGAAAUGCUUUGACUGUGAUCGAAUCUGUCUAGCUUACACCUCUCACGUGUGUAUAGAUUGUUCGAACGAAAGUAUCGCAUUAAAUUCUUAUCGAUUUUUCAGUCUUUAUAUCAAACAGGAGCACGAAGCAGCGUCGCGAUUGUUUUGGAUUGUCUCCGUUUCUCUUUUUUUUGUUCUCUCCUUUUUCUUUUGUAUACAUUGAACAAAUCGAGGAAUGAUGUCCGUUCAUAUCUAUUUAUUUAUUCGCCUGAGAGAGAUAUAUAUGUAUAUAUAUAUAUAUAUAUAUAUAUAUUACGUAAGUAUAAUACGCGCGCAAUUCUGUCUCGUGCUCCUGCGAAGACACUGCAAUUAUCAUUUCCGCAGAAAAACUCAUAUCACACGCACAAGGUGAGAGACAUUCGUCGAACUAUAAACGUAAAUUUGAUUUUAAUGUAAAAAAAAAUCACCAUAAAUGUCCAUUUUACACUAUUUAAAUAUAAUAGUUUUUUUAUUUCUUAAAUAAGUUUUCCUUAUAAAACGGUCGCGCGGAGAAAGCCAAACAGAUGUAAGGGAUUACUAAAGUAAUCUGAAAUGCUCCAGCUGUGAUCGAAUUUUUUUUAGCUUACAUUCGUCAUUCGUAUGUAGAUCUCCCGCACAAGUUAUGGCCAGAAGAAAUUACAACUAAACAGACCUAUUACGAGGCAGUCCGUGCAUAACGUACAUCAAGUGACCAUCAUACUGUGCAAUAUCUCACAUUUUCUACGCUUAUAUUGUUACUGUUAUCUGUUUUGCACAGUUACACCUUCAGAAAGUUAUAUUUGUACAUACGACCCGUGUAGAAUGUAUAGAAAUAAUAAAUUUUUAAGAUGUUUGACGAAAUCGAACUGUCGAGUUUAUUAUUAAGGGAAUAUUGACUUUUCACCUAAAAACUUCGAGAGACGCUCCGUCCAUGUAUCAUCUUUAUUUACAAAUAAUAUAGAAGGAAACGCACAUUCCUUUAAUCUAACAAACAAUUUUAUUGGACUAAAUAACAUAUAAUGUGAUAUAUAUAUAUAUAUAUAUAAUAUUGUCCUAGUCUAAAUAUGUAUUAUAUAUAAUAUAGAGAAAUAUAUAUAUAUAUUAUAUCUAGAGUUAUGUAAUAAUUAGUAUGCAAGUGUGUGUAGUGUAUCUUGUAUGGUGUAAAUAUAAAUAUACAUAAAUAUAUAUUUGUGUGUAUAUAUAUUUACAAAUUUCCUCGGGCCAUUUAUUUAUCACAUAUAAUAUGUAAAAUAUAUUACAGACAGAGUCGAUAUCUUAUAAUAUGCCAUAUACCUAUGUGGUGUGAAUAAAUUACGUAAGAGCGAUAUCUCUGUAAUCUUAACGACCUCGUAUACCGUAUAAAUGUCGCGAGUUUAUUAGUUAUUUAUACAGUAUACCAUGCCAUAAAAACGUCUUCCGUUGAAUAUCGUCGUGGAUUAUGAAAUCGAACGGGAACGAUGCGCGUUAUAGAGAAUGAAGAGUAGUGGUAAAACGAUACACAUGUUGAUCCUUACUUUACUGCGUCACUCUGCAAAUACCUAAUAUCCUGUUCAAAGAUACAACAAAAGGUCAUAUUUACAGUUACAAUUGUAUAUUUACAUAACAUCGAUCGAUAAGUAGCGAUCUCCUCUAUGCUUAGCACGAGAAAAAGUCGGCAGUGUGUUGUGAACGCUUGGAUUAUUUAAACGUAAAAAUGUAGUCUACAUGUACAUGUAUAUAUGUGUAUAUGUGUAAAUAUGCGACGUAUAAUUCUCUCACAUAACACUACUUUACAAUCUCUCUUUCUCUCUCUUUCUCUCUCAUUCACUCUCUCUCUCUCUCUUUCUCAUACGGCAUCCGUAUUGCACAAAUGUAUUCGCAUGGAUGGCGGGUAACACAUUAUGCAAGUACAGCAAUGUAACACAUGUAUAAUAUAUAUAUUUAUAUAUCUAUAUAUAUAUAUAUGUGUAUAUAUAUGAGCGGGGAAGAAAUAUUUCGCUUCACAUACAUGUGAAGAAUAAAAAAACAUCUCGUGUUGUUUUCCAAAAUGUAUUUACUUAAAAAUACAAUGAAAGUUUCAGUUUUGAUGGAAUGGGCAGAAAUAUAUAGUCUGUGGUGUCGGUUACUGUUAAGUUGAAAGAGAUGAUGCGAUGGUAUCCUGUACAAAAGUAGCUUGAACACACAAACCAAAUUCUUAGCCUAGGAUGUUCGUUUACGUUUAAAUCGUAGACACAUGUCGUUACCAGAUUUUUUUUUACGCCUUAAACGUUCCUUUCAUGCUUACCUAACGAACGUAGGGAUGUAACGGUAUGUGGGCGAUCAGCCUGAUUGAUUGUAAGACCCGUUAGCACCAGUGAGUGAAAUUUCCCGAAUCGCGCCGAGUACUCGAGCGCGACGUGCACCGUCUCGUACUCCGUCGGGCUUGACGUACAAGACGCAAGUCUCUCUCUCUCUCUUUCUCUCUUUCUGGAUGUAUAUAGAUGUGUGUGUGUGUGUGUCUGUGUAUGCGUGUGUGUGUGUGCAUGAUGCAUGUUGCAAACGGGGCUUGGCAUUGUAUUAUAAUAAAAUUAAAUGGAGCUAUGCUUAUAGUAUGUAUGUAUAGUAUAUACUAUGAACGCUAAAAGUACUCAUUUUGCUCAGGCACCUGUACUUGAAGAUAGUUUUUUGCCGACAAUCAUCGUCAAAUUACUAUCUUGAAGCGAACACGUGUGUAAAUACAGCAUAGCGGAUUGCGUAUAAAACCGUAGAUUAACAGAGACUGCCGGAGAUGGUAUGAUUUUUCUCUACGCAUCAUCAUCAUCAUCGUCAUCAUCAUCACAUUGACACAUCAAUCGGUCGUUGGACGCGUUACGUAUGUGUACUUAUAAAGGAAUAUUCGAAUGUGUUUGUCUUCCUUUCCCGCACCAUCCGCGAGAGAGAUCGCAAAAUCGAAACUUUUUUUGCAAGUAUCAACGUAUGCACGGUCCAACUCCCGCCAUCUCCUUGGUUUCCAUACAGCAGGAUCUUAAUCCGUGUGGGUGGGAGCAGCCUUUUACACUGCCGUCUCCGCAUAGUUCUUUUUUUUUUUACCCAUUUUCUUUUUCCGAUAUCAAACCCAUCACUACUUACGAGAACGAAUUCAUUUUCUCUGAUCUAACUGCGUUUUAUUUAACUAUCUCAUUCGAAAAUAUUUGUACAUUAAAACGUGGGACAUCCUCUCGCAUCCAAAUUAUCAUUACCUUUAUUUAAUUAUUAUGCAGCUAUGGUACAAUGGUAUCGUAACCGCAAUGUCUCUUCACCCUUUUUUUUUCAUCUCUUUUUCUUUUUUUAGCUUUACUAGCUCCCGAAAUAAGUAGCGGUAUGGACCUGCCAAUCGCAACGAUUCACCGACUCUAGCAAGAAGAGUCACCACACUACCUCGCGGUAAUCUCGGCAACCAGUGAGUAAUCAUCAUCAUCGAGUUAUUAAAUCAUGAAACGAUCCUCAAGUAUACCGUAUUGUGUGCAUGUGCGUGCGUACACGCGCCUUCUUUCUUUUUUUCCUUUUUUACACGUCAGUUUACGUGUGGGUAUGAGCGUGGCAAAAGUAUACAACGAGUACAUGUCCGGAUACCGAUGCCACGACUGCGCGCAUGGAGGGAUCGCACAAGAACGAAACAAAUACCGUCAACUUAGUCUGCGGCGAGUCAACGAAUCAUUGCUAAGAGUUAGUCCACGUCAAGAUAAAAAAAAAAA